AUGUCGCCUACCGAUGAAGGGGAAGCAAUCUGGGAAUUUGAUCCCAGCAAAAUCAAAUGGUCGUUCUUAACCCCAAAGCCUGGCGCAAAUACCCCAGUUCCCCGCAGCUACCAUUGCGCUCCCAGCGAUGCCAAGGACACCAUCUACAUUUGUACAGGCUGCCCCAAUACCGGUCGGUUAUCCGAUCUAUGGCAUUUCAGCGUAUCUGGGAGGAGUCGACGACUCUUGCUCCAGCACAUGAUCGGCCCCAUGACGGGAGGGACGUCUAUUACGUUUGCGCAGGGAAGACUGUAA